AGCUGGUUCUGCAGCAGAGUAAAGUAACCGAGCCACUGAGAAUGUGCUGAAUCUUUCUGUGCUACAUGUCAGAUACUCAGGAGAUGUCUGGACGCACAUGCUACAUUAGCAUUGUCAGGACACUUUACUGUUGAAUGAGAGCCUUUCCUAUUGUUCUGCCUUUAGAAAAAUGCAAGGUUUGGAGACCGCAGACUUCAAGCAGAUGAUCCUAUUUACAAUGACAGGACAGUAAUGACAACUGUUGGUGAACUGGAUUGGGAAAAAAGGAUCAAGGACGGUAGGGAAGAGGUUCUUAGAUGACAUUCAGAUUUGGAGCAUUCCUCUUCACCUUUCUUUGUAUCACUACUGGCAUCCUUCUGUUUGUUAUUUACUUUUAUGUCAAAUUUACACAGGCUGCAUGGAAUAAGAAGAUCAACAGCUUAGUUGUUUUGAAGCACAGGAGCGCACGGUGCUUUAGCAAAAAAGAAAUUAGAAAUAUAAUGCAUUGUUAAAAAAAAUCAAAAUGAGAGAGCAAUCACAAAAACGCUUAUGAUGGCAGCAAAACAUCACCCUGAGGCUUGGAUCAGUAAGGGCUCAGUGCCUUGCUACAGAUGUGGAUGACUGAAUCCAUCCUCUUUGAACUAUUAGUGCAAAGUUUAUUUAGUAGCAUUACAAUAUCGUGAAUAUCAACAUCAGCACUGAGAAGGAAUACUUAACGAAGAAGUAUUUGGUUUCUGUCAAUGUCAAAAUGAAUGUAUGGUGCAAGAAAGCUGAAAGGUUUUCAGAAAGAAUACGAAGAAAAAGAAAGUAAAACUAUACACCUUCCUUUAAUGAUAAUUAAGAGUCUUGAUCUGCAGAGCUGCCUCUGCCCUCUUACAUUGUAGGAAUUUUACAUAAUGCUGGAAGAUGGCGUAUAUUUUCUGUUGGAGUGCUUCUUUCUGCUUUUUUCUUUGAACUUGAUCCUAAGUACUGUUUUAAUUGUCCUCAUUUACUAGAAACAGGAGUUUACCUAAUUCAUUCAAGCGUUAAACUUCAAAAAUUGUCAUAAACAGAACAAUGGCAGCAUUGAUGUUUCAAACUGCAGUGUGGUUCUAAACUGUUUCUUUUUACUUGAACAAUCCAAUGACUGAAGAUGUACAAAAAUGAUCCUACAUAUAUUAUGGUCAAGACUAAUAGAGAUGAUCUAUUAGAUUGCUACCAGAAGUUGAUUGUGUCCUAAGGUGUCUGCACAACAUCAAUUUCAAGGAUUUGACUAAUCCCUGUAAGCAAAGAUUCAUGGAUAUGAUGCACGUGAAUAAUUUCCCCUUCAGGAGGCAUUCGUGGAUAUGUUUUGACGUGGACAAUGGCACAUCAUCAGGGCGGAGCCCCUUAGAUCCAAUGAUGAGUCCUGGCUCAGGACUCAUUCUACAGGCCAACUUUGUGCACAGUCAGCGGCGGGAGUCUUUCCUGUACCGAUCUGAUAGUGACUAUGACCUCUCUCCAAAGUCCAUGUCAAGGAACUCCUCCAUUGCAAGUGAUAUCCAUGGAGAUGACCUAAUAGUGACCCCCUUUGCACAGGUGCUAGCAAGCCUGCGCACUGUAAGGAACAAUUUUGCUACCCUAACCAACUUACAAGAUCGAGCAUCCAGCAGCAAGCGCUCACCAAUGUGUAACCAGCCAGCCAUGAAUAAGCCAAGUUUUACAGAGGAGGCCUACCAAAAACUUGCAACAGAGACCCUGGAGGAGCUUGACUGGUGCCUGGACCAGCUGGAGACCCUACAGACCAGGAAUUCUGUCAGUGAGAUGGCCUCCAACAAGUUCAAGAGGAUGCUCAAUCGAGAGCUUACUCACCUCUCUGAGAUGAGCCGAUCUGGCAAUCAGGUCUCUGAAUUUAUAUCUAGCACAUUUUUAGACAAACAGCAUGAGGUUGAAAUGCCAUCACAAGCACAGAAAGAAGAAAAGAAAAAGAGGCCAAUGUCACAAAUCAGUGGGGUGAAGAAACUCAUGCAUAGCUCGAGCUUAACGAAUUCCAGCAGUACAAGGUUUGGAGUCAAAACUGACCAGGAAGACCUCUUGGCAAAGGAAUUAGAAGAAAUUAACAAAUGGGGCCUUAAUGUCUUUAAAGUUGCUGAAUAUUCUGGAAACAGACCUUUAACAGUUGUCAUGUACACAAUUUUUCAGGAGCGGGAAUUAUUAAAAACCUUCAAGAUUCCAGCAGAUACUUUAAUUACUUAUUUGAUGACUCUGGAAGACCAUUAUCAUGCAGAUGUGGCUUUUCACAAUAACAUUCAUGCAGCAGAUGUUGCUCAGUCCACUCAUGUUCUACUAUCAACACCUGCAUUAGAGGCUGUCUUCACGGAUCUGGAGAUUCUUACUGCAAUAUUUGCGAGCGCUAUUCAUGAUGUAGAUCACCCUGGGGUCUCAAACCAAUUUCUUAUUAAUACAAACUCAGAACUUGCCUUGAUGUACAAUGACUCAUCAGUGCUGGAGAACCAUCAUUUGGCUGUUGGUUUUAAACUGCUACAGGAAGAGAACUGUGAUAUCUUCCAGAAUUUGACUAAGAAGCAAAGGCAGUCACUUAGGAAGAUGGUCAUUGACAUUGUUCUGGCUACAGACAUGUCCAAGCACAUGAACUUACUGGCUGACUUGAAAACAAUGGUAGAAACAAAAAAAGUGACGAGCUCUGGAGUACUCCUCUUGGACAACUACUCAGAUAGAAUACAGGUUCUGCAAAACAUGGUGCACUGUGCAGACUUAAGCAAUCCCACAAAACCUCUGCAGCUAUACCGACAAUGGACAGAUAGAAUCAUGGAAGAGUUCUUUCGCCAAGGAGACCGAGAAAGGGAAAGGGGAAUGGAAAUAAGUCCCAUGUGUGAUGAGCACAAUGCCUCUGUUGAAAAAUCACAAGUGGGUUUCAUCGAUUACAUUGUUCAUCCUUUGUGGGAGACAUGGGCUGACCUAGUCCAUCCUGAUGCACAGGACAUGUUAGAUACACUGGAGGAUAAUAGAGAAUGGUAUCAGAGCACAAUUCCACAGAGCCCUUCACCUGCCCCUGAUGCUGAUGGGGAGGGACGACCAGGACAAGUGGACAAGUUCCAAUUUGAGUUAACACUAGAGGAAGAUGGUGAAUCAGAUACCGAAAAAGACAGUGGCGGUAGCCAGGGUGAUGAUGACAACAGCUGUAGUGACUCCAAGACACUUUGUACCCAGGACUCUGAAUCAACAGAAAUUCCACUGGAUGAGCAAGUUGAUGAAGAAGAGGGUCCAACAGAUACCUCUAGGGAGCAGGAGGCAGAGGAGGAUGAAGAGGAGAAAAUUGUAGGUACAUAACAAAGUUGAUGGAAAAGGUAUCUUGGAAGCAGCUUCCAAGCACAUGUGUAGCUACAGCCAAGGCCAAGUUUCACCCUCAUCUGCUAGUACUUUGUGUAUGACAAAGCCUAGAAUCAUCUAGAUGACUCUGUACUCAGGAAUAACAUGUCAGAAUUUCAGCUCCACUCCAUCAUUAAAACAUGAGAAAUCAAUUUCAAAACUGGUUGACCAUUACUACCAUCAGAUUUAUGAAUCUGAAAUAGGAAUGGAUUACUUUUGGUGGGACAAAAAUAUUAAACCAAAUGUGGGUUUUGUUUUCACAAAGCUGUAGAGGUUUGAGCUUUUUUCAUUUACAGAUGAGAAUAAAGUAUGGAAAUCCAUUCAUGAGACUAAGCCAAGGACACUGGUUUCAGCUAAUGUUUUAGCAAUGAAGUUUGAAAUACACAGUAUUGUAUGAGACUGGAAUCAGUGAAGAUCUGUCACCAGUAGGAAGAGCGAUCGUUUAUGGAAAUCAUGAGAUGUUUUAUAAUUUCAAGUCUUCCUUGAAACCUGACUGUAAAACUGUACAGCUACAAGCUGUACUGACCUCUUUUUGUAUCAUAUGUAAUACAGAGAACUUUUUUAGAUUUUACUUUUAUUAAUACAGAUUUAUGGACGUGUUAUAUUUAAAACUACAUUGAAGUUUCAUUUGUUAUUAGAUAUUACAAGUAACUUGCAAGUUCUCUGUACAGUUCUGUAAUGCUGAGUACAAGUAGUUCUCUACCAUCUUACACCUUGUCAUUUUAUCACUUUGAUACCAUUUCAGGCAGUUAUUCCCUAGGGGUAAAACACAAAUACCACACAGCCUAGACGCUACAUGUUUCUCACUUUUCCUUUACUUUUACGAUCAUGUUAGAAGGCAUUGGAUUCAAAGUAAACACUUUAUUCAUAUGCUGUGCAGACAGUUAUCGGAAACACCUUGAAAGCAGAUAAUCAACCUUGAUAGGCCGUCUCAGGAGUUGGGGAUAAAAUGCACUGAAUUUCAGAACACUCACAUUUUCUUGCCAAAACGUGCUCUUGAGCUGUGCACUGCUUGUAAAAACAAUACAUAAAAUGUUACAUUGCAUUAAAUGGCUUUAAGAUUCCAGUAAAGUAUUUCCAUAUUGUGCAAAGCUGUGUAGACUACUGUAUAACAGUGUGCAGAGUCUCCGAAUUAGUACAAUUUAGCUUGCAAGUUACUGUACAAUAUAAAGCUUUCUCUGCCUCCUCCUGCUCCCCUUCUCCCCCAACAUGGAUAUCAUGGUGAGUGUAUGUAGAUGGAACAAAAUGUAAAACUUGAAUAGGUCUGGCUGUUAAAGAGCACCUAUUGAAUGAGGUUAUUUUACUGCAUUAUUUAAUUUUGUUGCCAUAUCUUUUUUUUUUCCUCACCAGAUGACCUUACUUGUAAUCCAGUCUUGUAUGUCUCUGUUUACAACCAUGUAUUUAUUGAACUGUACAUACUGUAAUGUUUAUUGUAAAUUAUUGAUUCUUAUUAUAACAUAAUUCCUAAUGGGUGGUGUUACUGUAUUGGAAACUCCUGGUGAAAGACUGAACAUACUUAAUCUUGUAAAUUUGUCUUCUGUAAUAUGUCACCUAUAGCUUGGCUGAGGAGAAAUUUGAGGAAGUCGACACUCGAUGUGAAACGGUUGCAGGUCUUUGGCCCCGGGGCUGUGCCUUAACUUUCUCCAAUAAUUUACUGUCUGCUGCAUUUUAAAGCGUACUAGCUGAGUGACAGUUCGAUGAAAGGGGAAAUUCUUUCCUAAAAGAAAACAGACCCUCCUUUUUUGACACGUAAACUGUAGAUUUCAGCAGCCCUGGCCCAAAGGAAUUGGACAUUUUUUUUGUUUAUUGAAUUAAAUAGUAAUAAAGGGAUUAUACAGACAAAAUCUUAUCUACAGAGACUCCUGAACAAUUUAUUUUGUUUUGAAUAUGUCUUUAGAGCACCAAGUUGUCUAGAGGUUGCAAAAGAAGAAUCUUUCAAUGUUUUCCUAGUCUCUUACAGUCUAUGGUAUAGUACUGUAUAUCAUGCUGAGAAACCUUCAUAAAAUGUUUUUAUAUGCAAUGAAAAAAAUAAAAGCAUGAAUUGAUUCUACUUAAAA